UUCAUCGUGAUCACUUUUAUAUUUUUCUGUAAUUUCGUGGCCAUCCGUCACACAGUUUAUCCGUUAGAUUCGAACCAAUUAGUAGGACAACAGUGAAAUUAUCUUGUACGAAUCGCACAAUGAAUGUUAUGUGGAAAGUUCGAGACCUUUACGACAAGGCAACAAACAUCAUCAUGAACUACACUGAAGUCGAGGCCAAAGUACGUGAAGCAACAAAUGAUGAAGCAUGGGGUCCGACUGGUCGUCAAAUGCAAGAAAUUGCUCAACAUACUUUUACAUAUGAAUAUUAUCCAGAAGUGAUGAAUAUGCUUUGGAAACGAAUGAUACAAGAAAAUAUGUAUAAUUGGCGACGAACAUAUAAAUCAUUGCAAUUGCUCAACUAUUUGGUUAUUAAUGGAUCCGAACGUGUUGUUACUUCAGCUCGUGAACAUAUCUAUGAUCUUCGACGUCUUGAAAACUAUACGUUUAUUGAUGAAUUGGGCAAAGAUCAAGGUAUCAAUGUUCGACAACGAGCUAAAUUGAUCAUUGAACUUAUACAGGAUGAUGAAAAAAUUCGCCAAGAAAGAAAAAAAGCCAAACAGUAUAAGGAUAAAUUUGUAGGCGUUUCAAAUCAAUCUUCCUACUCGGACAGCAGAGAUCGAGACUCUUGGUCGGAUUCACCAAGAAAAAGUGAUGGACCAUAUGACGGGGGAUUUAAAGACGAAAUCGAACAGCAACCCAAACGUUAUGACGAUGCCCAAAAUGACAGCGAUCAUAGUCGACCAUCAUCCCCGCCAAAAGCAAAAGCAGCUAUUCCCGUCGAAAACAAAAAUAACAACAACCAACAGCCAGCCAAGCAACGAACUACUCGUAACAUCAAAAAAAUAGAUUUAGGAGCUGCAGCUUUGUAUGCCCAAGAACACGCCAAUAACAAACCAGCCGAAUCUAAUUCGACUGCUAAUGCCGAUCUAUUUUCGGUUUCUCCAACCAGCGAUAGCCAAACGAAAACGGCCGAUCUUUUGGGUGAUCUAUUUGGUGGUCUUACGGUAGCCGGUCCGACUUCAUUUGAACAAGCAAAAGAUGAAGAGUUUGCCGAUUUUUCACAGUUCGUCGGUCCCUCAAUCCCCAAUAGCGAACCAAAUUUAAGUGGCAAUAAACAAUUAUCAAAUAACAACACUGAUGAUUUUGCAGAUUUCCAAAGUGCUUUUGAUUCACCAACGCCGCUCAACGUCAACGUGCAACCUGUUCCAACUUCAAAUGUAGUAGACUUGUUGGGCGCAACAAGUUCAAGCAACCCCAGUGAAUCUGCCUCUUUUGCAGCUAUGAAUCCGUUUUUAGUUGCACCGAUAGAACCUCCGAAGUCUCCAUUCAAUACAUUGUCUUUGUUGACACCCGUUACAGCUAACAAUCAUUCAAAUUCGACAGUACAACAGACAGCUAACAAGUCCGAAGAUUCUUCAUGUUCAUCGUCUUCACUUAAAAUAGGUGAAACAUGGAGUGGGCUCAAUACAAGCAUAAAUUUUGACAAUAUUCUUGACUUGAAGAAUUCCAAACCGGCAGCUCCUACCAUCAAUCAAUUGGCUCAGGCAAACAAUCAACAAAGGCUAAAGGGCACCAAUGUUCAAUCGCCUUCGGGACAAUUUUUGCCCAGUUUUGGCUUCAACAAUUCUUUAAGUCCGACAACCAGUUCAGCACCGAUGUCACCUGUGACAGACAAUCAUAAGACCGAUUGGUCUGGUCAGAAUAGUCUGAUCUAGUAUCACCCUUGUUGAUAAUCGUUAUAUUAUUGUCGUUGUUGUCACAUUACCCCACCCAAAAAAAA